GAAAAUAUUCCCGCGUUUUAUAAAACACGUGACAAAGUUAUUGUUGGGCCUUCCAGUGCAGCGGUGUAAAAAGAAGAAACGAGCACAGAAAACGUUACAGAUUUUAGGCAGAUUAUCAAAAUGUCUUCCCCUGUGACCCCAAGAAGAAAGAGCAAAAGGGGGAGGGAAGAAACCAGCAGUCCGCCUCCAGAGGCAGAGGAUCCAGUUACACCAUCAAGGCGUAGCACAAGGUCUGGAGCUUCAACACCAGCUUCUACUAAAGGGAGUGCAAGGAAGCAGAGAGCCUCAUCUAAAGAUGAUGCCACAUCCCCACCAAAGAAGGACAGGAGAAUUGAUAGCUCCCCAGGGGCCGAUCUGGCUCCACUGCCAUCGUCGCCGCCAUCUGGUGUCCAGCAGGAGUCCUCACUGUUCUCUAGUCCUCCACAGUCCAGAGCAGGGGCUCCAACAAGUGAAAUUGACCUAAGUUCUCCAUUGAAUUAUGGAACUCCUAGUUCAAGAGGUGGUCCUAGGACACCAGGUGUUCUGAAUACUCCUAUCCGCAGUCGACCAGAUGUUCGCAGUGACCGCAAGUUGAGACAAGUGACCAUUGGAGGAUCAGAUCCAAGUGAGCCUACGCGGAUCACCAGUGAGAUCACCAGUGAUCCUAACGCUGGACCACAGCUUGUGAUCUGGGGCACAGAUGUCGUCGUCAGUCACUGUAAAGAAAAGUUCCGUCGCUUCAUCGCACGCUUCAUAGACCGAAAUGUAUCUGAAGAUGAAGAGUUUUCUGGAAUGGAUAUUAAUGAACCUUACUACCUGCAACGGUUGGAAGAAGUGAAUGUCAUAGGUGAGCCUUUCCUUGGGAUCAACUGUAGCCACUUGAAGGAAUUUGACCAGGAUUUGUAUCGCCAGCUAAUCGCUUACCCCCAGGAAGUAAUUCCCACAUUUGACAUGGCGAUCAAUGAAAUGUUCUUUGAUCGAUACCCAGACACUGUUCUAGAGCACCAGAUUCAAAUACGACCCUACAAUGCAGAGAAGACGAAAAACAUGCGUUCGUUGAACCCUGAGGACAUUGACCAGCUAAUCACCAUCAGUGGAAUGGUGAUCCGCACUUCAUCCUUGAUCCCAGAGAUGCGAGAGGCCUUUUUUAAAUGUUACGUGUGUGGUAACUCUGCCUCCGUAGAGAUUGACCGCGGCCGUAUCGCGGAGCCAACACUUUGUACCAACUGUAAUACAAAUCACUCCUUUGCCAUGGUCCAUAACCGUUCUCAGUUCACUGACAAACAGCUCAUCAAACUCCAGGAAUCACCAGAUGACAUGCCCCCUGGUCAGACUCCACACACAGUGUCUCUGUAUGCCCACAAUGACCUUGUGGACAAGGUCCAACCGGGUGACCGAGUGACUAUCACGGGUAUUUAUCGUGCCACACCUCUCCGUGUCAAUCCUCGCCUCCGUAAUGUCAAGUCGGUUUACAAAACCCACAUCGACACUGUACACUUCCGCAAGCUAGAUAGCUCCAGACUUCGGGAAUGCACUGUUGAUGAUGAUGAACAGAAAGAAGCUAUGCUAAGCCAAGAAAGGAUUGAUUUCCUUAAAGAAUUGUCAAAAAAGUCUGACAUAUACGAAAGAUUGGCCCAUGCUAUAGCCCCAAGCAUUUAUGAAAAUGAAGAUGUAAAGAAAGGCAUCCUAUUGCAAUUGUUUGGAGGAUGUAGAAAGGAUUUCUCCAAUACAGGCAGAGGGAAAUUCAGGUCGGAGAUGAACAUUCUGCUUUGCGGAGACCCAGGAACCAGCAAGUCACAGUUGCUGCAGUAUGUACACCAUCUGGUACCCAGGGGUCAGUACACGUCCGGGAAAGGCUCCAGUGCAGUAGGUCUGACUGCCUACGUCACCAAAGACCCAGAGACACGGCAGCUUGUACUGCAAACUGGAGCCUUGGUUCUAAGUGACAAUGGUGUGUGUUGUAUUGACGAGUUUGACAAGAUGAGUGAUAGCACCAGAUCAAUUUUACAUGAAGUCAUGGAGCAGCAGACCCUCUCUAUUGCGAAGGCAGGAAUCAUCUGUUCCCUCAAUGCCAGGACAUCUAUCCUAGCAGCGGCCAACCCUGUCGAGUCACAGUGGAAUAAAAACAGAACCAUUACAGAAAACAUCCAGUUACCACAUACACUGCUGUCGAGAUUUGACCUCAUCUUCCUGAUCCUUGACCCCCAGGAUGAAGUAUUUGAUCGUCGGUUGGCCAGUCAUCUUGUGUCACUGUACUUCCGUUCGGAGAAGGAGGAGGCAGAGGAGCAUUUGGACAUGAGCAUUCUAAAGGACUACCUAACCUACACCAAGAACUACAUCCAACCUAAGAUUGGGGAAGAGUCUGGCCAGACAUUGAUUCAGGCUUACGUAGAUAUGAGGAAGGUGGGCAGUGGGCGGGGUCAGAUUUCUGCCUACCCUCGUCAGCUCGAGUCUCUCAUCAGAUUGUCUGAGGCCCACGCGAAGAUGAGGUUCUCUUCAGUUGUGGAAACCUGUGAUGUGGAGGAGGCCAAAAGACUAUACAAGGAGGCCAUGAAACAAGCAGCCAUUGACCCGUCUACUGGCAAGAUUGACAUUACAAUCCUGACCACAGGUAUAAGUGGUGCCGCCCGCAAGAGGAAGGCGGAGAUUACUCAGGCACUCAAGAAACUGAUUCAAGAAAAGGGCAAGGUCCCAACUCUCAAACACCAGAAACUGUUUGAGGAUUUCAAGGAAAAAUCCGACUUUCCCAUCUCGAGAGAAUCAUAUGAUGACGCCCUGAAAGAACUUCAAGAGGAAGACUUCUUGAUUGUCACCAACAAACUGAUUCGCCUCUGUCAGUAACAAUGGAUUACUUCAAUGAAAUGAAGUUGGAUAUAGACAGUGAGGAUUAUCGUCAGUUACGAGGAUUAUUGUCAGUUACGAGGACUGGUUGGUGUAGAAGAUAAAUAUGGAGGUUUUAACAGAUCUGAUGAACAAUGAAAUUUGCAUGAAUUGCAUGUCCAUUUUUUUCUAUGAAAUUCUUAUUGUUGCAUGUAUUAAACCGUACUAUCACAUACUUGAUGGACAUGCAAGCUUCCUCUGUGAACUCUUUCAGUGCUAGAUAUUUAUGAUAUAUCAGUGGGUGUCAGCAGUAUUGCGGCUGUUGGGACAUUUAUGGGUAAAGGAUUUGUAAAUAUACCAAGUUUGUGGACAAAUGUGUACAUUAUAACUAAUGUUACUAAAUAGAAGCCAGACAAAUGAUUAUUACAGAAUUUGUGAUGGACAGAUAGAAUGUUGGUAUCAUAAUUUGAAAUGAAAUUCACUUCUGUUCUUUGUAUAUAGAUUAUUAAUGAUUAAAUAUUCAAAAUGAUCACAA